GGCGGUGAGGAUGUCGCGUCCGGCCCCCGGUACCCCUCAGCCCUGGAGACGCGGGCGCGGCGGAGCCUGGAGCCCCCCUGCCUGAGGCGUCCGCAGCCUGAAUCCGGCCCCUCUCCUCCCCUCCCAGGUGCGGGCCGGACAGGCGGCCGCGGCAGAUUUUAUCAUGUGGGCAACCUGCUGCAACUGGUUCUGCCUGGAUGGACAGCCUGAGGAGGCCCCGCCAUCCCAGGGAGCCAGGGCGCAGGCCUAUUCCAACCCUGGGUACAGCUCCUUCCCUUCUCCCACAGGCUCAGAACCCAGCUGCAAGGCCUGUGGGGCCCACUUCGCAAACAUGGCCAGGAAGCAGCAGACCUGCCUGGACUGUAAGAAAAACUUCUGCGUGACCUGCUCGAGCCAAGUGGGGAAUGGGCCCCGCCUCUGCCUUCUUUGCCAACGAUUCCAAGCAACAGCCUUUCAGCGGGAGGAGCUCAUGAAGAUGAAGGUGAAGGACCUGAGGGACUAUCUCAACCUCCAUGACAUCUCGACCGAAAUGUGCCGGGAAAAAGAGGAGCUGGUGCUCUUGGUGCUCGGCCAGCAGCCCGGAAUCUCCCAGGAGGGCAGGACUCGCACCCCCGCCUUUUCCUCGGGCCCCCCCGAGCAGCAGGCCUUCCUGAGCCAGCCCCACUCCAGCACAGCGCCGCCUACCUCAUCCAGCCUCCCUGCUCCACCCUCACAAGCCGCUUCUGCUCCCUCAGCCCAGGCUCAGGAAAGUCAGCAGGCCAAUGGCCGUGUGUCUCAGGACCAAGGAGAACCCGUCUACCCGGAGGGCACAGCCAGGGCACCUGCUGAGGACGAGACCCAGUCCAUCGACUCAGAGGACAGCUUUGUCCCGGGCCGGAGAGCUUCUCUGUCUGACUUGACCCACCUGGAAGACAUUGAAGGUCUGACUGUGCGGCAGCUGAAAGAGAUCCUGGCUCGCAACUUUGUCAACUACAAGGGCUGCUGUGAGAAGUGGGAGCUGAUGGAGAGGGUGACGCGGCUGUACAAGGAUCAGAAGGGCCUCCAGCACCUGGUGAGUGGUGCCGAAGACCAAGAUGGGGGACCGAUGCCGCCCAGCCUGGAGGAGAACCUGUGUCGGAUCUGCAUGGACUCCCCCAUUGACUGCGUCCUGCUGGAGUGUGGCCAUAUGGUAACCUGCACCAAGUGUGGCAAGCGCAUGAACGAGUGUCCCAUCUGCCGGCAGUACGUGAUCCGAGCCGUGCACGUCUUCCGGUCCUGAGGGCUUGGAGCCGGCUUCUUCAGUGCCUUACGGGACACAGUGUGAGGUGUCUGGGCUCAGGGUUGGCCAGCUUGCCGAGGGGCAGGCUGACAGCAGUAUCUGCUGUGUUCUCAAGACCAGGUCAAGCGAAGAGGCUGUGCCGCAUCUGGGUACCCGUCUUGCCCCGGAGGUGCGCCUCGUGGCUGGCAGACCCCGGGGCGGUGAGAACCUUCAGAGAUCGCUGGGACUCUUUCAACGAUCUUUAGUGAUGAUGGUAACUGAUGAAGAGCGAGGACUUUCCAGAACGUGGAUCACAUCAUUCUCCCUCACUCCCGUACCCCGCCCAGCCCCCUGCGCUGCUUGCCUGUUUCACCCAUCAGAAAUCCUGGUAGAAAUGGUUCUCUUCCUUCCCAGCACAUUUGGAUUUAUUUCUGGUUUCACUGGCUUUCUGUGCUUUAACUGGCCUUUGCUAAGGUUUCUUGCUGUAUCGCCUAAAAUCCAUUUGUUUCUUCAGACCAAAAAGAUGUUAGCUUCCCAGACCAAUAAUGAUCCUCCUUAGGACAGAAUUUGGACCAGUCAAUUUAUCUCUGGUGAGACAUGAAACACAAUGCUAUUCAAAGGCAUUAAGAGUUGCUUCUUUAGUGCUGGGAUGAGAAGCUAUCAGUCUCCUAACCUGACCUUGGAAGCCAACAAAGUGUCUGGUUCCCAACUGCUGGGGAGUUUCAGUGUCUGUGUGUGAGAGAUGGUGCAGGGAUCCUCUCUGCUUAUCCUCUGGGGGCCUCACUUAGCGCCUUAAUUUUAGUUUAUGAGAAAGGGAAAAGUGUAUGGAAGCAGUGGCUUUUUGCUUAACUUUGACUUCUCCGACAGGAAUUUUUAAACCACCUUCCCCUGAGAAUGAAGUCCCUCUCUUUCCUACAGAGGUGUAGACAUGGUCUCACUCAAGGCAUGGGGACUGACUUAGGCAAAGAACCUGGCUCUCCUCCAGCCAGACUUCUCCUAGGUUCUCAGACACCAGCGCGUAAGAGACACAGAGCACCUAAGAGGCCUCGGAAGGGGCUAAAUGAGGCGGUGUCCGCCCUCGAGCAGGCAGCUGGCAGUCUUCGCUCCCCAGGUCGGUGGGGACUCCUACCCUGUUCCCUUUCUCAGCCUACUGAUUUGGGGAGAGGUGAGGGAGACCCAUUCUCCAGGCUCUUUAGGAGGGAUCAUGCAACCAGGAGGUCAUGUUCCCGAGCCCUCUUUGGGUCCUUCCCUGCCCCAGAAGAGCCAGAGGGCUGAAGAAAAGCUGGCCGGGGCAGCUGGGCCGAGCACAGACUUACAUGCUGUCACAGGAGCUGCUUGCGCCGCUAUCACCGGUGGCCGGACUAUGCCAACCCUGAACCCCCAGGGCCCUUGGCAGGGCCCCCACCCCCUUGCCCCCCGCCCCGUGCAGCCAGGAUAACCAAUCAUGACUCUGGAAAGCAGCGGGAGAACCUCUAAGAGGACCCGUUUGUUGGUGCAGACGUACUUAGGCUUUCCCUCCAUCACCAAGUACUAGUCUCCCUUUGGGGAAACUGAAUUUCAUCAAGUAUGUGCCAGCUAACACUGGGCCACUUACCUCCACAUCAUACCGAGUCCUGGAUGAUUUGAUUCCUUUGUAAGAACUGGGAGAAUCAAGAUGUCCCUGUGAAGACACGUUUCUGCUGGACAGUCAGUGCUAUAGUUUACAGUGCCUACCAGUUUAGCAAAGGAUUCAGCUACUCCUCAGUUCCACUGUGAAACAGGUCUGUGUAUAUGCACCUCAGUUAGGAUGUAGCAGUAACUUCAGGGUAGAAGCUGGCUCUCUUCCUACUUAAAAUUGCUUUCUCUGCUGAGGCCUUAUCUCUCCCUACUUCCUAAUUUCCCUCCUAGAUGAGUUAAAAGAAAUACCCUAAUGGUUGGUUAGUAACCUCGGUAAGAAUUAGAACUAAUAUCAUUUACUCAUUUUGGAGAAAGAGCAGGACCUUAAGUCUUCUAACCCCUCUUGAUGAAGGUUUUCAUUGAAGAAAAAAGGUGUUAAGCAACCCUGUUUUGUUUUGUUUUCCCUAUCUUCUUUAAUACACCAAAAAGAAAAAAGAAAAAAAAGGUUGGAAAUUUCAAGAUCUCAUUUCAGUUACUAUCUACGUAGAUAGAAAACUUGAUUUUUAUCCUUGACUGCUCCUUCCUGCCCCUCACGGGUCCUUGGUCUUUAUUAUCAUGGAAACAUCUAAUGCCUCUCAUUAUUGCCUGGCUUUUGCUGUGAUUGUCCAGAAACUUCAGUUGAAGACUUUUUUAAAAAGGCUUGGAGAGCUGUUUUAUAAUGUUGGAAUACUUGGAUCAAACUGGUAAGAAUGAGCUGUACAGGAAUUAGUACUCAAUAUAUAUUGUAUAAAUUUGUUGAAAUACUUCAGAUGUGAAUGUGUUGCUUCAAGUGGCUUAUAUUGAUUCUCUCAGACUUACCUGGGUGUUGAAACAAACCCAAAUGUGUAUUUUUUUGUCACAGCUCUGCUUUAUAAUUUUGUAAUAAAGUUUCAGUGUAGAUGCCUUCUGAUCUAGCGUGAGGUUGCCAGAGGUCUGAUGGUUCAGAGAGUUGAUAAACCGCAGGUUAAACCC